AUGGGCGUCCACGCCGCCCUGGCGAGAGCAAAGAGGUUCAAGUGCGUCUUUUGUGGCGGUGGAAACCCCUCGUUGGCGUGCAUGUACAUGAACACGGCUUGUUGUCGCCCGAUGCAUUUUCGCUGUUCGCUCAUUGGGGGGGCCUCGUUGAUCGCCGGGUUUAAGACCUAUUGCCCGAGGCAUGCGAAUAAGAAUGAGGAGUUGGGAGGGGAGAUGCUCCCGCCGAGAAUAGAACUGUAUCAUGAGAGGACUCCAAUUGAUGAAAAGCUUAUUGGGAGGGGCAGUGGUUGCUCGCUGUGUGAGGGAGAUAGUUACGAUACCAGACUGGGAGCUAUUUUGACCUGCUCGUCGUGUCAGAUGAGGAUGCAUACCCGGUGUAGAUGGCCAGAGAUGGAAACGGAUGCCGGCUUUUCAGCGCUGUCAUGGCAGGGCAAGUUUUUGUGUACGGCUUGUAUGAAGUGUGUCAGCUGCCAAAUGGCCAUUGAUAAGGAUGUGUAUAACAGUAGCAGCGAUACGGCCACAAGUCCCGUCGAACAUGAGGCGUUUGAUGGCAUGCAAGUGGAUGCCACAGAGUCGGAGUGUGAUACCGUCAAGUGCUUGGGAUGUGGCCAUUUUGCGAUUCAUAUUACCUGCUUGCCGCCUGGGUGCGACCCGCAUGCGUGGCGCUGCGACUUGUGUCUUACUUGCAAGCAUUGCUCGAUUGUGGAUAUUCCCCGCGGCGAGUGGCAUGAGGCCCUGGAGGCCUGUAGUGCCUGUGCAAAGGAGAUCAAGAAUGGGGGAGUCGUGUGUCCCAUUUGUCAUAAGGUUUACCGGGAGGGAGAGAACAUUCCCAUGGUCCAGUGCGACUAUUGCGAUGAGUGGCUACAUGCAUUGGGUUGCGCGGGGAUGACAAAAGACAAGUUCAAGAAACUGCAGGGCUCAGACGCCAAGUAUCGUUGUCCCAUUUGCACUACAGAGAAGAAGAAGAGGGAUCACAAUACUAAGCAAGCCCAAAAUGCGAGACGUCGCUACCGCGUACAUGGCACCAACUCGAAGACAGGUCGGGGGGCAGUUGAUCUAUAUCCAGAUGCGGAGCUGCUUCCGGUUGAACGCGAAAUCGUUUUCCAGUCUAUCAGGAAGGUGUCGGCCAGCGCAGAAAAUUUCUCCCAGACGCUCACUAGUCUUUCUCCAGAUGUUGAAAUGUGUCGCCUGUGCGGCUCGGGUGGGCGAGAAGAGACGCUUUUAUUUUGUACGGAUUGCGGAGAGUGCUAUCACGACUUUUGCCACGGGUCUGGCGCCGCAAGUCCUUUUUCGAAGUCUUGCGGAGUGAAGCGCAAUGGGGUGACGGGUUUGGCUGUCAAAGGACGUCCAUGGCGGUGUUUGCAAUGUGAGAGCAUGAAUAGUGUGCCAUGUGAUCCGAUAGAGGUCAUGAGGGACGCAACGUGUUUGGCAUCUCAAGCCCUAGCCAACGGAAAUGCUGUGGGCCUUGAUACGUCCAUCCCAAUGACUUGCAAUGGGAAUGGGCACUUGGACAGUAGUCGAGAAAGGGACGGGACCCCGGACGAUUCGUCAAUUGAGGACGAUGAUGUCCUUGAUUGGGCAGACAAUCGCUGCUGUGAACUCUGCGGUGAGGGCGAGAGAUGUCGCGGAAUGGAGGGCCGACUUAUGCCAUGGGCAAGUGGAACCGACUGCAACGAAUCUCAUUGCUGGGUGCAUAUUGGCUGCGCUAUUUGGUCUGUCGGCGUGUCUGUGAAGGGAACGAGAACGCCAUUUGAUUACUUGCUAGUACCACGGCGAAGGCUCUUGCGCUACGCCAAACAAACCUCUUGCGAGUUUUGCGGAAAGCGCGGAGCAACUUUACGUUGUGCAGCGGACGGAUGCAGCGAGUGUUACCAUUUCAGAUGCGCCCAAGAGAUAGGGGCCGGUUGUGUCCUGCGUAUUGCACGGACAGAACCGGCAGGGGCUGUUGUUUCCCGGCAACGUACACUCGCUUCUAUGGUGAACAUGGUGGAUAUCCAAGAAUUACUGCUAUAUUGUCCAUCCCACCGUUUGGCGGACAGCUCCAAGCUUGACACUAUGUUUUCUCUGCAGGAAGCUCAGAGCACGAUCAAUCUCCGACGAGUCCUGAGGAUUUUCGACAUCACAGACUUUUCGAAAAACAGGGAAGCGCCAAAGAAGAAAAAGGCUCUAAAACCGGGUCGGCUUUUGAGCAUCCGAUUAGGAUCGCUUUCUGUGCUCCAGUUUGGACGCCUUGUACCAGAAGUGAACGAUUUUAUCGUACAAGGUUGCCUCGUACCUCUGGGGUACUGUGCGGCCAGAAAGUUUUGGUCAGUGCUUCAUCCGGGGAAGCGGUGCUUGUAUUUCUUCGAGGUGUGUGGAUACCCGCAAACUGGACCAGUUUUUGUUAUCAGAUGCAGUGACUCGAUUUCUUUAAAGUUUCAGUCCAGGGAUCCAGACGCCGCGUGGAGCAUGGUGACUGAGAGAGUGAAGCAAAUGCGACGCAGAACCAUUGUCGGCAACCCUGUUGUUCUUUCCUUCCAGACAACGGGUCUCCAGGCAUUCGGACUUGCGCAUUGUAUUCCUGUCGUGACGCACAUUGAAUCCUUACCGAUGGCAUCCAUGUUUGCGGGCCGAUAUAGUCUGAAACGAGUUGCGACCCAUCGAAGUAACGAAAUAGUUUUCUACAAUUCUCUGGCGAGAAAAUUUGUGCCUGUGGAGAUUCGAAAGAACAUCACCGGCUGCGCGAAGUCUGAGGGAUACCUCCCUUUGCGGUACGCCAAUCGAGUACCGUCACCGUCAUCGGUUGCGAUACCCACAUUCAAGAAUGCUCGGACAGGGUCAGCAUUUCAGCUGUCUGUUGCCAGGGAGGUUUUCUCUCAGCACGAGUACAUUGCACCUGGCAAUCCGGUCACUGUCAGGCCAAAGUUGCAUCCAACUACAACGAAUCUUAUGUCGAAAUCAAUUGACGCGGCGGACCGUUCACGUGCGAACAAGUCUACACCCUCCCUGCCGUAUGCAACACAACAUCGAUGCAUCGCUUCCACUUCAAGGAGUCGAACCGUAGUGUUGAGGUCCGAUAUUGAGGGGUGUGGCGUGUUCGCCACAAAGGACAUUCCAGCUGGAGAAAUGGUGAUCGAAUAUGUCGGAGAAAUCAUAAGGCCCGUUCUUUCAGAUGUACGGGAAGCGAAAUACUUGGAUCGGGGCAUCGGAUGCUAUAUGUUUGAGAUAGAAACGGGAGUCAUUGUGGACGCGACGAUGCGUGGCAAUGCUGCUCGGUACAUUAACCACAGUUGUGCCCCCAAUUGUUUCUCAAAGACAAUAACUACGGAGAACGACCAGAAGGUCGUUGUAAUUUUUGCCAAGCGGACCAUCCAGAGAGGAGAAGAACUGUCAUACGACUAUCAGUUUCCAUUCGAUGAUUCGGAUCGCGUGAAGUGCGCAUGCGGUGCAGACCAGUGCAAGGGUUGGAUGAACUGA